AUGAAGCGUCAUCUCACAACAUGUGAGUUGUCCACUCGGUUAGGGCGUGUUUCCUCGCCGGUUUGUCUGAAAAGCUUCGACACUAUUCGCAGUCCACGUCGUCUUCCUCGUCACGCACUCUGCCUCUCGACUCCAUUCGUCGGCCGAACGUUUAGCAGGCAACAUGGAAGUCGUGAAGUUCCAAGUCAGAGCUGUGUUUUUGUUGGGAAGACGUCGACAGGAGAAUGGACGCACGGAGUCUGGCUCGAGGCCAGUCUCGUUGUAGCCAGUAAAGCUGACUAA